ACCGAUUGCCUCCGUGUGAGACCGAGAGGCGGAGGCUUGUACUCUGCACCCGACCUCUCCCUCUAAAACCCGGUAGUCGGUGCUCGAACAAGAGCACUUUGUUCACAUCAGUGCGGGGGAGCCGGGACCUUGUGAGCUUUUCGUUUACCCACACCCCGGAGGAGACCUGUCCUGCCCGCGCCAUGCCUUCAGAAGAGCCGAAUGGGUGCUCGAUGGAACUUAAGGAGGGUAUCGACAACUCCACCUUCCAGGACGAGGAGUCCGGAGAUGUGGAGCAGGGCUGUGCUCCGGAGGAGACCGCGCCACAGGAGGAUCGGGACAGCGGGUUCAAGCAGAUCAAACCCUACGCUGGCAUGCCGAAAGAGGUCCUGCUGCUGUAUUCCAGCCAGCCGUGCUACCGGCUGCCCCGGGAGAUUCUCUUCUGGCUGACGAUCAUGCUAACCCUGGCUUUGAUCGCACUGACCAUCACGGUAAUCGCCUUGUCUCCACGGUGUCUUAGCUGGUGGCAGUCCUCCACUGUAUACCAAAUAUACCCGCGCUCCUUCAUGGACUCGGACAACGACGGCGUGGGAGACCUCAGAGGUAUCAAGGAAAAACUGGAUCACUUUGAGUACCUAAACAUAAAGGCUGUGUGGAUCAGCCCUUUCUACAAAUCACCCAUGAAGGACUUUGGCUACGAUGUGGAGGACUUCCGCGAGAUUGACCCCCUCUUUGGGACAAUGCAGGACUUUGAGGAUCUCCUGGCUGCAAUGCAUGACAGAGGACUGAAGCUGAUAAUGGACUACAUCCCCAACCAUACCAGUGACCGGCACCGCUGGUUCCAGCUCAGCCGGAACCGUACGCAGAAUUACGAGGAUUACUACAUUUGGGCAAACUGCAGUAGAACCAAACCGCCCAAUAACUGGGUGAGCAUUUUCGGGAACUCGUCCUGGACCUACGAUGAGGAUCGGGGCCAGUGUUUCCUACAUCAGUUCCUGAAGGAGCAGCCCGAUCUGAACUUCCGCAACCCUCGGGUCAUCAAGGAAAUGAAUGAUGUCCUCCAUUUCUGGCUGGAGAAGGGAGUUGAUGGAUUUCGCAUGGAUGCUGUGAAGCACAUGCUGGAAGCCCCCCACCUGAGGAAUGAGCCCCAGGUUGACCCUGAGCAGCCCCCUGACACCGUGGACACAGAGUUUGAACUGUACCAUGACUACACAACGUCACAGCCUGGUCUGCAUGACAUCAUACGAGGGUGGCGGGUGGAGCUAGACAAAUACAGCCGGGAGCCGGGGCGGUACAGGUUCAUGGUAACGGAGUCCUAUGACUACGAGGAGAUCGAUAAGACCAUGAUGUAUUACGGGACGUCGUUUGUCAGGGAAAGUGACUUCCCGUUCAACUUCUACCUCCUAUACCUUCCAAAGUACCUGUCUGGUCAAGGGGCCUUUGAUCUGGUCAACCUGUGGAUGUCCAACAUGCCUGAGGGAAAGUGGCCUAACUGGGUGGUUGGCAACCACGACAAGCCUCGCAUCUCCUCGAGCGCGGGUGCCGAGUUUGUGCGUGCCAUCAACAUGAUGCUUCUAACCCUGCCCGGGACGCCCACCACGUACUACGGCGAGGAGAUUGGCAUGGAGAAUGUAAACGUCACAGAGAUACAGGACCCCUUCGGCAAAUUUGACCCAAACUCCACUCGGGACCCCCAGAGAACCCCCAUGCAGUGGAGUGCUGCAGAAAAUGCCGGAUUCAGCACCAACAAAACAUGGCUCCCCGUGCAUCCAGACUACAAAACGGUCAAUGUGGAGGCGCAGAAGAACGAAAGUGAAUCAGUCCUUCAGCAGUACCGGGCCCUCAGCCUGCUCCGGGAGGCCGAGCUGGCCCUGCAGAGGGGCUGGAUGUGCUACGUGUGGAGCGACAAAGACGUCUUCGCUUUUGUGCGCGAGCUGGAUGGCUUAUCGCGGGCCUUCCUGGUGGUGCUCAACUUCGGCCGUGACGCCGUCACGGACCUCUCCUGGGUGGCCGGGCUGCCGGAUGAGCUGACGGUGCACAUGAGCACGCGCUACGCUGCACGGGGGGAGCGCAGGCGUAAGGCCCGCCUGGAGACGGCCCGUGGGGAGGGCCUGCUGCUGGAGUACUCCACCCAAAGGCGCCUCAAUUCCAACCCCGCCUUCAAGUGCUUCGUCUCGGAAAAGGCCUGCUACCUCAGCGAGCUGGACAUCCUCUACAAAUGCUGAACGAAUCAGCAGCGGCAUAGGGAGAGGGUGGCAGCAAAUGGGGUAUGAGCCAAAGAUGACUUCUGGCGUGUUACUCUGCUGUAUCACACACAUUUUAAAAUUGAAAAUUCACUUGCCUUCACAGACACAUAUUAAAAAGAAGCAUUUCACCUCA